AUGCCUUCCGACGAUGACACACCACGCUUGCCGAAAGCAUCAAUAUUCAUGGGAAACAACCCCAACACAGCAACAAUUCGUGUUCCAAAUUUCAACCAAGACAGACCAGGUCUCUGGUUCGCGCAGUUGGAAUCACAGUUCCGGAAUCAUAACGUCACACACGAGGUGGACAAAUUCCAUCAUACGAUUCCACUGAUUGACACGCGCAUAGCAGCUGACGCAGAGGACAUCAUUCUCAAUCCACCAGCCGACAACCCAUAUCAACGAUUGAAAGCCGCACUAAUCGCGUGCUAUUCAAAAUCUAGAGAAGCAAAACUCCUUCAACUACUGGAUGGUGAGUAUCUUGGCGACAAAACGCCAUCUCAACACCUUCGACACCUUCGAAGUUUAGUGCCAGACAUAAAUGAGGAGAUAUUACGUGUAAGAUGGCUCUCACACCUGCCCGACCAAAUGCGCACGUGUUUGGUUACGCAACAUACGGCCAAGCUACACGAAUUAGGCGAAGCCGCAGAUCGUCUACAUGAAGUACUCAAACCUCCUCAAGGGACUAACAUGGCUGCAACAUCACUUGCAAACAAUCACGGCUCCGAUUCAACAGAUCAACAGAAGAAGAUCAAUUUCUCCUGCUAA